AUGACACGCAAGGUUUUUCAAGAUGAUUGCGACCAAAUUGUAUUCCUCAUCGAUUCGAAUCCUUCGUUUUGGGGAUCUAACUUUUCAUCCGUGGAGGCAGCGAGCGCCAUUCGAUUGUGCGUGUUAAAAAUUCUCACUUAUUUUGCUGAUUAUGGCAAACGAAAACGAUCAAGUCUUCGAUGGGGAUACAAAUUCUUCAGUUCAAGAUCACUCUUACAUCGGUUUGAAAGACACGAGUUCAAGGAAUUUACUGUGACUGUCUUUGAAGAGUUUGAAACUCUGGUGUGUAAAAGAUUAACCGAAUCCUUUGCCCACGAUUUGCAAGGAAGCCUUGUUGAACAUAAUUCUCAGGAUGGAGACGAAUCGACAAGACGUAAGAAAGCGCCAGCUGCAGCUAAAUGUAUAUCUUGUGCUUUUACCAAUACAGUACACGAUUUCCAGUGGGAGAAACCUGAUUUAAGUUCACCCAUAAGAAGAACGCGUGAAAAUAAUGCCGAAUCGCUUCAUGGCAACUGUAGAUCAAAGACGCAAAAUGUCAUGUUUCUGUUGAGUGGUUGCCCUAGCGAUGAAUUUGCAAUCUCAUACUUUACGGGGGAAAAUUCAUCCUCACUACCAACGUUGGAAAGUUUUAAUAACAUUUUAAUGCCCCCAGUGUUGAACAACGAAUUUAAAGACAGGCACAUUACCUUGCAGUGGAUAAACACUGGAAAUAACCAGUAUCAGAAGGUAUUGAAUGUGUAUAAUGUUUGUUUAUUAUUUGUUUUACGUCAGCUCGCUUUGCCAAUUUUGAUUUUGGUGUGUGUGAGGAAAACUCUGCGUGAAUUGAGUGAGAUCUUUCUUGAGCAUGGGUUGCUUGUUGAUAAGAUACCGUGUUGAAUGAAGGCCUAAUUGCCAUGCGCUUGGUACAGCAAGCUCAUUUACGACCAAUUGUUGAUCAAUAAAUGGAUGCUCACACUGUUUGAUGAGAGAAAACAAGAUGGCUAGUCCAGAAGUUUGAGCUGCAGCGAUUUCAAAGGCUUGAUGCAAUUGAGGCAGAGUCUCAUUUUCUCCGUCUACGUAAAUAGAGAGGGGAAGUGUGACGUCACAUUACCAUGGUAGCAAAAUUUUUGGAUCACAACAAAAGGGACUGACAACGACAGGGAGGGUAACGAGAAUGGCGAAAAAAGCAAUAGGUUUAUUAUUUACCAAAGAACAACUUUGCAAGUGAAUUACAUUUUUGUGUACAUUUUUUAACCAUUGUUGCACAACUGUGACAUUAAACUUCCUAAUUUCAGGCACCGCUUUACAGAGUAGGUGAACACAACACAAAAAGUUUGUUUUUCUCUCUCAUAACUCAGAUAUGGUCGUUUCGGAUUCAACCCAGAAAAUUUUGCCAAAAUAUGAAAAAUUAAAUGAAAUCGAAUAAGAUCGAUGAGGUUUGAACAGUUCAAAUUUACUUUUUAAGUGAAUUUUCAGUUUGUUGUCAUCCAAAAAUUUUGCAUUAAUCCAGUUUCUGAGGGCAUGCUGCCUCUGAAAAUUUUGAAAUUUCAAAGCCCUAAAAUGUGAUUUCCAGCAUUCUUGGACUAAAUUGAGUACAAAAAAGUGUGUUUUUCAUUCAAGAAAAUGUGGCUUUCAUUCUUUGCAUUACUUGAUCACGUGAUCAACUUUCGGUAAACAGGAAAACAGUUCACUUUUGAAAAAUUUUGUUAGGACAAGCUGAAAGAGCAUAUUAAAAUAAUUUAAGUAACCUGAAAAUUUUCAGCCAUGUAUCUCAAAUGUAGCGAUCGUAACUGCCACUGAAAGUUGGAAGCAUUUGUAUGAGAAAAACAACUUUUGCCACCCAGUCACGCUUGCAUGGUUUUACGUACAAAUCCUUGUGAAUUCUAAACUUUUUAGACUGUCAUUAAAUCUUUCCCUUACGCAUUUAAGGGCUCAAAUUGCCUGUUAUGAAUUAAAAGGAGAUUUGAACCCUGUAAUGCUUAAGGAAAUAUUUGAUGAAAGUUUUGAAAAUUUCAAAAUAUUACAAGGAUUUGUAUGGAAAGCCAUGCAAGCUUGACUGGAUGUCAAAAGUUGUUUUUCUCAUACAAAUGCUUCUAACUUUUGGUGGCCGUUGCAAUCGCUACUUUUGAGAUAUAAUAUGCCUGAAAAUUCUCAGCUGACCUAAUUUUAAUAUAUGCUCUUUCAGCUUGUGCUAACAAAAUUUUUCAAAAGUGAACUGUUUUUUGUGUUUACCAAAAGUUGAUCAAGUCAUGCUAAGAGCCUAUUAUUUUACCUGUCCCUAGUAACUGUAGUCCCAUAAGUCUUUGUGAAUGUUAACUCAGCCCAGUUUCCUUCUCAUUUCUAAAGUGGUGAAUUGGUGGUGAUAACCAGCCUGUACAUAAUACAGCAUAGGAUCCCACCAAAACCCUUAGCAGCUAUUGUACAAUGAUAUAUACAAAUGUAUUAUGUAAAAGGUCAAAAAUAAAUUCAGGUUAAAUUUUUUUCACCUAGGUUGAUUCCCAAUUUUCUUUGUUCCUUAGCCCUAUUCAUGAAGGAUAUUAUAAGGCUAGGAGACAAAGAAUACAGAGAAUCAACCUAGGUUUUUGAAAAAUAUUUACUUGAGUCUAAUUUUGACCUACACUGUAUACAUAUUGUUGGUUUUCACAUGAUGUCACUAAAAUUCAAACUAAAAAUUUAUCAAUCUUGCCGAGAUUUUACUUUCAUGAUGCAUUAGAACAGCUGAAAACUAAUUUUCAUACAAAUUUUCGCUUCAAAAGAGUUUGUGGUUUUGUGAUAGAGUACGCUUGAAUUUCAAAGCUUUUGAGUGACGUGACAAUGACAUGAGGGCAAAGAGAGCUGUCAUGUAGGUUAAAAAAUGACUUAUUUCAGGAAAUUUUUCUAUCUAAACAGUUCAUGUAUUAGAAAAAGUAUUACUUUAAUGGUUAUGAUUUUCCCGAAUAGUAAAUUCACGCUUUUGUAGCAAAACUCGGUAACAGAUGUUUCUGUUGGUUCCCGUCCACCAUGUUGGAACUCAUCCAGGUGAGCACCAGCAUGGCGUCUCCAUACAAAUCUCUAUACGUUUGGGUAAAACAUUUCCUCGGAUAUCUCGUAUAUGAAAUAUUCCUCUGACCUGACUCUUGGCGAGGGUCUUUGUAUAUGUAACUGCUUUCAUUUCCCAGAUUCUGGACUUUAUCUGUUGAACGGUUUUGAUUUUUAUUUUGAUCUAUUUUGAAUGGCGUGAUGCUGAAAACCAGCAAUACAGUGACUAAAAUGUAUGCUAUUCUAUUUUAUAGAACACAAACAUGAUAUCACUUUUGGAAUCUUUUGUGGAACAGCUUGGUGGAUGCGUUAUCCCUCUUUCUUCAGUGAUUUUUAGUGGUAGUUUUUCCUCGCUUGGUACUGAUUCAGUUUCCCAGAACCAAUCCUCUUGUCAUGAAGUUAAGAAGACCUUUUGUACUAGCGGACCUUUAUUUGCUUCUAAAACUGUUAUGGAUUUCUUCUUGGCUGGAAAGACUAGAAAGUCUUCAGAUUUUAACCUCACUCAGUAUCAUUUUGAAGGGAAGACGACUCAUUCAGGAACUACAGCAUUAAUGUGUUCAUCAGGUAAAUUAUUUUGGAUUGCAUUUAUUUUUUACUGCAAUAACUCUAUCCCUGCAUCUCUGCAGGGCUUCUGAUAUUUCACGCAGUCACAGGGCCACAAAAUUCAGGUAAAUGCGAGAAAUUGUGUGAAAUUCACAAAAACACACAAAAUACUGUGAAAUUUGCUAGAAAUCAUAUCAAAAACAUGUCUGUACACCAUAUUUGAAACUAAUCUUGGCUAUUAAUUAGGGCUGUUUACUUGCUGUAAACUUGCAAAUUUAACUUGAAACUUCAUCACAGAAAUGAGCAAACAAUGUCCCAAAACUACCAGGCGUAGAUUAUGUUGCGAAAAACUGGGCACUAGCCAUGAUUUAGAAAACUUUGCCAUUGGUUCAUUUCUCGAUGGUAUUGUUGAAAGAGUGAAUGGUUAUCUCUGUUUAAAAAAACGUCAAAAAUACUGGUCGGAUUAUUGCAAAACCGAUCGAUUCUUAGCAAAAUUUGCCCAGAAAAUUCCCACAAAAUCAGACGUAUUUUAAUGAUUGUUUCUCGGCGAAGUUUACCCCAUAAAUUACUGCGAAAAUCCCGCAAAAUUGACCGAUUUUUCCACGAAUUUGUCCCUGAAAAUCCCGCAAAAAUUUGACUUUUUUAUCCGUGACCUAUCAGAAGCCCGGUUAAUGGGUGUUGAAUAGUUGCAUUAAUUAUUUUUCUCUUAGCAAAGUGGGUAUUUUGUACAAACAAUCAACUCCUUUGCUUAAAUGAUAACUGUUUUUGAUAUAACUGAAAUUACAUGUAGCCUGAAUUUCAGUCAUUACUUCAAGGUGCUUAUACUCCCUCAGUAAUGUCUGAAUUGAUGAGCUGUUAAUGCCAUCCAGUGACCCCUUAUGAUAAGGGACAAAAAAUGCAUACAGUGUAAUAAUUAUUAUCCUGUUCAGGAUCUGUCAGGAUUGCUGGAUUGAGGAGAUGUUUGGUCAAAGAAACCCUGCUGGGAACUAUCCUUAUAAAAUGCUUGUAAAUCAAAGGAAACACUUGACAGUUCAGAUAAUGAGUCAUGAUUCAAACCAACACAUGUACAUAAAACUGUUUGUGUUUAUUUGGAUUUCUAUUUUUUAAUUUUGUGUAUAGGCAUUGAUGAUAAAAUCCACUGUUCUGUGCUACUGAACUCCAUGUUCAAGCCCGCAUCAGUUCAGCCAAACUCAAGAAGCUUUCAGGAAGUUGCUAAUGUUCUUAAUGAUGGGCCAACCAACAGUUUAAGUGCAAACAACGCUACUGAAACAUUUCACUUUCCCACUCUAUUGUGGAUCAGAGGAGUGAUAAAUCACAGUAGUAUUUGCCCAACAUGGCUGCAUCCUUUGAAAGCAUACACAUGUAUUGGUUUGGAUUGUACACAGAGUUAUGAGUCAACAAACUCUGCCUCAUCGUCCAUGAGACCCCUCUCUGGGUGGUUUCAAGAACUCUUACUUUCCUUGGCAAAAGGCAACAAACUUCUGGUAUCUAAAACAUUUAACUUACCAAAAUCCUCUAUUAAGUUCCCCCUCUCAAAUAAGCUCUCCUUCUCUUAUAUGCCAUGAGGGAAGUUAGUUACUAAGCCCCCUCCCCUCCCCCUAUUAUUAUUCACUAAUAAAUUGUAGACUGUAUUAAUCAUGACUGUAAAACUUUGUGUGGCUUGAUCUAGGGUGGUUCAUGAAGCCGAGGAUCGAAAACGAAUCCGAACUUCCAGCUGGUGAAUAUAUAACAAUUAUUCACCGAAGUGGAGGUGGCUUUUAGUGGAUAUUUUCUGAGACCGCGAAGCGGCGAGGUAAAUAUCCACUACUAGCCACCGACACUGAGGUGAAUAAUUGUUUUAGUACAUACUAAAACAGUGAGAUAAUUGAGCACAAAAUGAUGAUUUUUAACUCAUUUACUGUUGCUAACGAUUACAAUUUUGCCGUGCAAUGACCAAAUGGCCCGGGUCGUCGCUUUUUCUUAGUGACAAAUAAAACUUUUGAAGGCGUUUGUUUAGCUCUUGCGGGAAAGUUUCUUCAAAAAGGAGUUGUGAAUUCUGUUUGUACUUAAAAUAAUUCUGUAAAAAAGAUUAUUAAAUUUAGUUUUAAGCUUAUUUAUGAACAAGUCAACUAAAUAAAGUAACACAAGACUUAAGCUUAAUUUGCAAAAAAGACAAAGCUUUACCUGUUAAAACUUCCAAACCGAACUUUGUCACCUUCUUCAUGUAUUUCGGAAAUAGCUUGCUUGAUUAGAUCAUCCCAAAGGAACGUAUCCUCUCUCCUUCAGUUUAUGACUGUGACAGGCAGCUUGCUGUAGCUUUGAAGGAGGUGAAUAGGCAACAAGAAAGUAAUGCAUUUUAGUUGUUUUUUAAUUCCUAUUUUUAUGUGUAUUUUAUUUAACAGGUUAUUGAUUUCAUUGACUGUGACAGUGGUUUACCAGUGAGUGGUGUCCUACAGCCUUUAACUUCCAUCUGUGGAGUAAUAAGUGUCAUCUCCUCAGAAUUUCUUGUGAUGUUUGAAAAGUUUCUUCUCUGGGAUGACAAAACUGCUCUGUUUGACAAAGAGAAUGCUGGAGGCUUAGAAGCUUCAAGCAAACUUCUCAAUGGAUGCAAGAUAGCUGGACAAGCUGCUAAGCCAAGUGAAGUUUUUUUUACUGUUCCCAGAUCUGAAACAAGUCAGCAAGGUAAAUGGAUGUGUUAAUAAUACUUUUAAUAUAUUUAAAGUACCCUUGUUGGAAGCAAAAUCAUUUUCAAAGCUGCUUAUAGUCAGGUGUUAUGUGCUUGUUUUUUCGUAUUAUUGGUCUGUGAAACAAGACAUGUUACAACUACAUGUACCUGACAAUUUGUGUGCAUUAGCUGGAACUGAUGUGUUUGUUAGCAGGGUUUGUGGUUAAACUUUUGUUACUAAGACUUUUGUUUUUAAAUCAUAAUUUCAGGUUUAUGUGUUUUAAAUUAUUAUAACAUCAUCGCUAAUUCGUAAUCUUUGCAGUUAGUAAUUCAAAUUUUGUAUUCUGAUUUUGCCUUACGUGUAAUUUUACCCAUUGGAUAUCUGUAAACUGGCCAUAUGAUUAACCAUCUUUACCACAUAAAAUAAAGUGUGUAUGUCUAUUUCUUAAACUACACAGUAUGGUGUGGCUCACGCCAAUCAGGAGAAGGGAAUUUUUAAGUACUUAUCGAAUGACCACAAUUCUCAUUGAUUAACCUCUUGUAGAUGCUGAAGCAAAUGAAGAAAGACAAUAUGAAGCUGGGCUUCUUGAUCCAUGGAUAUGUUUUCCUGUUUUUGAUAGUAAGGAUGGCUUAGGUUGGGGAGAAUCAAGAGGGUGAGUAACAAUUGAACAGAAGCUUUACAACAGCUAGUUGUAAAGAGGAUAAAAACACAGUCUUGCAAGCAAGAUUAGACUUACAUGUAGACUGAGAUUAUGGAUUGAGGGGGAAGGAUUGACACAGUUGGCCAGUGUGUGGCAUUCUGUGCAAAAGGUCCAGGGGUCAAUUCCUAGGUGUGACCUCAAAUCCUUGUUUUGACUUCUUAAAUAUGUACCUUUCAUUUUACAGUACAGUACAGUACAGUAGCUUUAAGUAGCAUAAAAUACUUGUAAAAGGAGCACUAAUGAAGAGAUGGAGUGUGGGAUGAGUUCAGCCUCAGGUUUGUUGGUCAGAUGAUGAGUGUUUCGCUCUGCCAAUUGAUGUAAGAUAAGGACCCUUUAGCCAGUUAUUACAAGAAGUUCUAAUUUCAUCCUUAAGACCAUGACAUAAUUUGGGACCUAAGGUCCACAUUCUGUUAGAUACCUUGUGCAUAGAAGUAAGUCUACACCUGUACGGUUGUUACACAAUGUAACUGUAAGUAAUUAGAGCAAGAGAACUAAGCAUUGAUGGCAAGGCUCUCUCUACUGGCUGUGUUAAUUUCCACCAUUUUUUUAAACAAGUGAGGCAUUAUUUUGUGAAGUUUAAAACAAUUUAUCAGUGAAUAUAAUAUUCACAGGUCAGACAAUGAAUCAGAAGAAGAAGGUGAUGAUGAGAGCAACGAGGCAACUCUUAUGAAACAACUAAAGAUUCUUUACAGCAAUAAAGAAGAAAAGCAGAAAUCGUUGGUCCUUAGAGAAAGAAGAUCACCGAGGCAUAAAAAGGAAAAAUUAGCUACUCCAAAGAAAUUAAAAUUGAAACAAGAUAUGCCGAAGCUAAGGUAAGGUUUUGAUGGACUUUUGUUUAAAAAUCUUAACACAAUGGACAUUUUAAUCAUACAAAAUGUAGUUAUCCAACAGGACGAAGUUACAUUUUACAUUUCUACAGUUACAUUUUACCGAAAAUUAUUUGUUUGGGAUGAAAGAUGAGAGAUAGUUCAAUAAUAGAAUGUAUUGUAAAUGAUUACAAACUCAGGGCUACUGUGACAUUUAUCUUGUGGUCAGAGUGGACUUCAUCUUGGCAUCUGCAAUUUUUUUUGUCUAGAACUGUAAUAGCUUUGCCCUUCUGCAGGAAUGAAUGAUCAUUAAAGCCCUUCCCUAAAGCUAACAAAAAUUAUUGGUCAUUACUGUAUAAAUUUAUUUACAAAGGCAAAAACAAGAGUACAUGCACAUACAUGUAGUUGAUAAACUUGGUAAAACGUUUCUCCUGCUUUUACUGUAUGUUAUUAAAAGGAGCUUUUUAUAAUUUAAUAUACCCUCUUCAUUUUAUUGCAGUAUGGGACUAGUAGAUGCCCAAGAAAUGGGAAAUAAAUAAGUAAUUAAUUGCUUUUGUUUUGAUAGUGCAAAUGUGAUGGAGGAAACAGAGAAAGUUGACCAGGAAGGUGCUAUACCUGAUCAAAACAUAACACAACCUUUUGCUGAGGGGAAUAUAGAAUUAUCAGGUAACAACUGUGAUGUCACUGGGGAAGUCAAUAUGACAGGUGAUACCAAUGAAAUGGAGGAGCCCCCAGAGGAAACAAAAGGUGCUGGUAUAUACUAUAGCUACAUUGUAAAGGGUAGACACUCCAAUCAAACCAUAUGUGCCAUAGGGACAUACAGCUUGUGAUAAAAUUAGUUGUCGCCUUCAACCACUUACACUGUAUAUUGCAGUGGGACCUCAAUUUAAUGAACUUCCUAGUCUAUAUAACAAAGUUCUUGGUAUGACGAAUGAUUAUUCUUUUUACUCCAGUAAUAGUAAAAUAACUAUAUGAAAAAGAACCUUGAUAUAACGAAACAUUGUUACAGCAAACAAAUUUUACCAGUCUCUUGGCCCUUGUUCGUUAUAUGGAGGUUCUAGUGUAGUUGAAUAUCUGCCAAUCAUUUUGUGCCCUAGCAGCUACAUGUAUAGCAGGUGCGUAUUGCUAGAUACAUUUUUGAGAGUUUCAUUUACUUACUGUCAAAGUCUGAAAACUGUGAGCACCUUAAAUGAACAUAAUAUAUCAGGAAUUUUGACUGUGUAGUGACUGGUCUAAAGGUCAGCUAUAUAUCUUGUAAACCGUCUUUGCAAAUGUGGUUGACCUUUUUAACUGGGGUAAUGUGACAAAAAUACAGUUAAGCCUAUAUGAAGGGUUAAAACUGCAUUUAUACAAUUACGCAUUAAAAUUGUUGUUUGUACAAUGCAUGCGGUGUAGUCUUAAUGAUUAUCUUGAGAAAAGAAAUACUGAUUGCUGUUAUCAUUACUUUUAUUCUGAGAAAUUUUUGACGUGUACUUUUUGUAGAUGAAGUUGAGCUGGUUAAAACCAUUGAUGGUAUAUGUAACAAAGUUAUUUUUGAGGUAAGAAAUAAACAACACAGUUAUGAAUUACCUUACAAGUACAGUGUAGUACUCUCAACCUGGGUGAAUGAAGCACCAGGGUUUAUAAUGUACAUUGUAUCUUAACCCAUUCGCCCCUGAACCGCCCGUAACCGCCCGUGCGGAUCCACGUCCUUUCCACCCUUUGUGACGUCAUCAGUUUUAACAGUCAAGGACAACUUUGUCCGCUAACUUGUGCAGAGUGAAGAGAUCUUUCAAACCAUACCAGAAUGAGCACAAUUCAGUCAAGGAAACCGGAGAAAGAGGCAAAAAACCAUGUAACAUUGACCUGAAAAUCUCCAUGAAAAUCUUGUUCCAUUGCCCACCUACCUUUCCUUUCACCUAAUCCUAAGAUCCUAAAAGCUUUCCUAAAAAGUAUUCCCACCAAAAUGAAGCCUACUAAAUGCCCAGCAAGAGAAGAAAAAAAAUGAGGCAAAACAAGCGAAAAAAAAGGGGAGGAGAGAAAGCGAAAAGUAAAAGUCAAGACUGCUGUGUCACUUUUAAACCCAAAAACUGUCGAAAUUUUGCUUUCUGCGCAUGCUCGAACUUCGCAAGCUGAUAUUUUGCAUCUGGAUCAGAAGGCCGCGAAGUGUACGACCUGUAAAGCGGUUUGUGGUAAGUUUUAGCUCUUUAUAGCACAACAGUGACCAGAAAACCACUCGACUAGCUUCAAAACGCGUUUUUCGGCAAAAUCUCCAGGAGCGAAUGGGUUAAAACUUCUGUAUACACUCUAUAUUUGUUGUAACUUUUCAGCAAUUUUGAUUAGUGGUAUAUGUAAAUUUUCCUUGAAGCAAGCAAUUUUAACGAUUUUGGAAGAUAUAAUAGAAGGGAUUCCUGAAAAAAGGCAUAAUUUGCUUAUCACUGAUAAGCAAAUUACACCCUUUUUUCAGGAAACCCUUCGUAUAUUAAAUAGGGGGUAUUCAGCAAAUUGGAGGUGUACAGGUAUGACUAAGGUGCUGUAACUUGAACCCUAACCCUAAUCCUAACACCUUCAGUUACACACACACCCAUACCUGCAAAAGAAGCCCAAUGCAAAGUUAAGGUCAUUGCUGGGGAAGCUACUUCCCAGUAAAAGGCUAAUAUUGAGGAUAUGCUGCUGGAUGUGAUCGCAUUUACAUGACUACAUUCACAAAAAUGGGGUUGUGAAAGGCUUUAUGGGGUAAAUGCAUAAACAGAAAGUGAAUACACCGGUAUUGCAAAAAUUAGAUUUUCCCAAAAGUUACUAAGAUGGAGUCUAAUGGGGUAGGGGCUAUUAGAGGCCAGCGGCACAUACCCAGUAAAAAUUGACCCAAGUUACACUCCCCGCCGAGAGGUCAUUACAUUAUUAACUAGUGAAAUAGUGAGAUUUUUGUUAAACUUUACCGAUUGUUUGUUUAUGUUCUAUUUAAUUGGGAGGUCCACGUACUCAUUUAGGAGCAGUAGAAACUUCACGUAAACGAGAAAAUGAAGAUUUGCUUCUUGGGAGCUCCAGCAGACAAAAGCCGCCAAGUUUAAUGUGCGUGCUAAUCAGGGGUAAAAUUAUGACCAGUAAGAAUACUGAUUGUCUCAGAGUAGAGUAGCAAAAUUUGAAUGAUAGAAUUUUAUAUAUAUUUUAGUGUCCUAUCCCUGCAUCACUACUUACAGCUUAUGGCUACGUGAUUUAGGGUUAGUGGGCUAAUUUAUACUUUUUCAGUCUUGAAACUGUGAUGAAAAGCUUGUUCCACCUGACACUCGCACUUCCUCCCAUCUAAUCUUACAUUCCUGAAAGCUUUCCCAUAGACUAUUCUCAUCGAAAUAAAGGCUAGUAAAUGCUCAGAAAAAGAAAAACAGGUUUAGAAAAGCGAAAGAAAAGGAGAAGGGAGAAAAUGAAAAGUAAGGUAAGAGUCAAGAAUCGAAAGUUUGCUUUUUGCGGAUGCCCAAAAUUCUGAAGCUGAUCUUUUACGUCUUGAAAAAAGCCGCGAAGUGCUCGACCUGUAAACGGUGUUUUGGGCAGUUUUGGCUGUUUAUAGCUAGAGAGUGACCGCAAAAUGGUUCGACACUAACUUCAAAACGCUUUUUUGUAAGCAAAAUUUCCAGGAGCGAAUGGGUUAAGUAAAAAUUAAUGUCAAACUCUGAUCCGUGCUGUUUUUUCUUACUUUUCAACCUGUUUAGGGAGUAAUUAUUCCCACAGAAGUCAGCAAUAUAAUGACAGCUCUUUCUAAGUUUUAUCAAAAUGAUGAUAAAGACAGACAGAAGGUAACGUGUAAAUGGUUACUUCACUUUGGACAUCAUGUUUAUGUGUUUUUUGUUUAUGUUGUGAAACAACGAUGCUGAGGGUUUCAAAGAAAGAUCUGUUAUUUCUUUCCUCCUUUCACCACCCCUACCCCCUUGUGCUUGCGGUAAAUAAAUCCCCGCGGUUUUUAUAUUCAUACACGCGCUCGACGAUCUCUCUAGAGAAAAUAGACGGUUCUGUGAACAGGCUAUUUUGUUACUUACAUGUUGUCUUGCUACUUUGUUUCAGGAUAAUGUUUCACAGUUUUUGAAGGAAAACGUGCUCCAAACAAUAUCGAAACUGAGAGAAAAAUAUGAAGGGUGUGAUGCUAUCCUAAGAAAAGAACAGCAAGUUAGAGAGUAAGUUGCAUAUAAGCUAUUAACGCAGAGGUGCAAACUUAACAAAAUGCCAAAUGACAAACCCAACCAGUGGUGUUUAUAUGUCUAGAGAUCUACAGCCGGUAGAAACUACUACAUAAGAUAAGGAUGUAAUUCAAACUUUUAUCUUCUACACUGUGCUUUGUCCCGUGUUUUUUAAUACGUUUUAUUGCAUGUCAAUUACACUGCUGAAAUCUACACAUCCUAUAGCAAAUUUAGACUUGUAAAAACUUUUCAGUGUGCUAUUUUCCCUUAAGUUUUGGCCCCUAAAAAUCCAAAAAGUGGGGACCUUGUGUCCGCAUCAUUCUUUUGUUUUUUACUUUAGCUCCCUACAUAUAAUUAAGUGGGAGUUGUCGGCCUGGGAGUACGAGAUAGUAGAAUUAUUUAACUCUAGUUCAGCCGUGUUGAAUUCAGAAUGAAAUAAAUCUGAUAUACCAACGUUACUGGCUGGUUUUUCUUACUUACUUUACUUACCGGAAUUUUUGUUUCCAUGCCCCAAGAACAGAAAUAUAGGUGAUUUUCUUCGUUCAUAUUAUUAUAAUUCGUCAUAAGACACAUCGCUUCCUUAAAACUUCAACUGAGUGUUUUAUUUAGUUUUUUCUUGUCUGCAUCCAUCACCUCUUUCACAUUUCAAUUCUUCAUAGCCAAUAAUAUCACGGGUUAACUGACAGACCAAUAAAAUUUUGACUCUGGAGAUAACUAAUGCAGAGUUUGUCAAACUUCAGUAGUCACUGCCUGUCAACAGUCCACUCCUAUUCAAGGCAACAGUUGUCUCAGCCGGACGAUAAAAACUCUCUUUAACAUAACAUUUUUCUUUUAGGUAUCAGUUACAAAUCCUUCUUCGGACAGAGAUAGCAGUCCUUGUAAAUGCUGACGAAAAUAGUGCCCUUGCUGAAGAGGUUACACAUUUUAAUUAUCAUAACUUAGAAACAUAUAUAGUAAUGAGUAUUAUCCGAAACUCAUAAGGGGUUGAAACGUGUAACUCUCAUAUGUUUGCUUUGUCCGAUGCUCGUGAUUAUUCAUUUUCGAAAAAACCAUAUUUGGAACGAGAAGAAGAGAUAACUGACCAAUCAAAUUUCGUAAACAACGUGACGUAAUUUUCCUUCAGGUUCCCGCGCCCGCUUAAAAAAAUUGCCGACAAACGGGAGAAAAACUCCCGAAAGCCGAGAAAGCUUUCAAAGGUUGAAACCAGGAAUAUUACCGAAACACUGAGCAGGAUAUUAUUACCUUACCACCCGGGCCAAAGGUAACAUUAUGAAACCCACUGACUGCCUCGCAAUUUCUUGAAGUUGUCACUUCAAAAAACGAUGCCUCGUUGACCCUCUGCACAGUAAACUUAUACUGCAAAUAGGCUUUUAAAAUUCUUAUGUUAAAAGUCUAGAAUAAACAGUGAAAAAUAUUUUGGCAUAAAAUUCAUUAGCUGCUUAUCGAAAAGUGUCCAAAACCUGAACCUGACAUCUUCGCAAAAAGUGAUGCUUGUAAUGAAUGUGAGAAGCAUUUUAAAAGCUUAAAUUAAACUUAGAUGUUGUAGUCACGAUCGUGUUUUGAACUAAUUUUAUGAAUGAAAAAACUCAAAACAAUAGACAGAGAAGCCGUUUCUUGAAAAUUUUUAUUCAAAGUCCAAAAAGUUAAUCCUUUAAAGCAAUUCGGAAAACACUAGCUGGAUCGUGGAUCCGUUCACGCAAGUGAAAUCGGCCAAGAACAUGGCAAAAUUCUUCACAAAAUCCAUCUAAAAUCAGGGCACAUUUUGUAAUUUUUCUUUAGCGCCGAAGAGAAAAAUUUAUAAAACGUCUAUGAAACAUUUAAAAAUACAUAAAUUCCCUUUCAAAAACGUAAUUGUCUCGGCCACUGAGUGCAAAAUGUACCUGAAAAUUCAGCAAAAACUUCGCUAACUUGGUUGCAUUUUAAAACAGACCAUGGGCUCCGCCGUGAAGAAAACAAGGUUGAAUUCCUCAAAGGACGAUUUCUUGAUGAAAAGCUUCCCUUUCUCCACAAAAAGAAAGCUGAGCAUUCUUUUGAACUUUCUCUUUCCUUUUUUUGUCUUUUAAUGGUGUAUUUUUAACCUUGAAAUGCAGAACUCUUGUCUUAAAACAUCUGCAUGGUGAUCGCACAGUAGCCAUUUUGUUGAAAAUGGAUAUCCGUCACUAAGGUUUCCAAAUAUGGUCAAAAUGAAUAUUCACGAGCAUUGAACGCGAGUUACACGUUUCAACCCCUUAUGGGUUUCUGGUAUUAUACACUUCGGCUAUUCAUCGAAAUUUUUCAAACAACAUUUCCAAAUUCCAAUUCGACCAGGAAUAUAUGGUAGAAGAAGAACUAGUGCUUGGAUGUGCUACUUCUAAAUCGUUUUUUAUUUAUUUCCGUUAGCUGUCGCAAUGUCCACACCAUAAAAAUCUGAAACUACAUACAUGUCGAUUCGUGCCAUAUUUUUUGAAAGGCGCGUCUCUUGAUUGGCCAUAUUGUGGAAUAAGAAUUCAUGAUGGAAUAAAGAGAUCAAAGAGAUUUGUCCCAAAUUUCUGCGUAUUCUUAUUCCAGAAUAUCAAUCGCGCGCACCUUCAGUUUGUAGACAAACUUGGUGAAAUUUCAAAGACUUAAAAUGACUGGUUUGUUAGCAACUAGGGAAUUGGCACGUAUUUGCUUACUGCUCUAUCUACAAUGUACCAUAACCUGUUUUGUGUCUCUUUACCAAUGCAGGUGACUGUACUGUUGCGAACAAUCUCGUUCGUGAAAGAUCCGAAUUUCCUUACUUUGUACCUACGUGAGGUACUUCUCAACAGGUAAUAUUGUUAUUUUUCUUCUGGGUCAAGUUUAUCUUUUUCCUCUUUCCCUCGCAGCAGUCCUGAGGUACUUGUUACGCUAUUAUAAGUAAAAUUAUUACUGGACAGUUAAAUUUCUAAAAUAGUCGUGCUGUUGCAGUUUACUUAGGUUUCAUGCCAAGGAAAUCUUGAGCCAAGGAAAUCUUGAAUGUCAGAUUUAAGUUAAUUUAGAGCAUUUUAUAGAAAACUGAUGUCAGUGGAUCCAAACAGCGUUUCAUUUCAAAUAGCAAUGGGACAACUUAGUCCAGGUGGGAAUUUUGCGGAAAAAAAAUACCGACCUCCGCAGACCAUCCACUUUGCCAAACUUUGGCCGCAUGGUUGACCCGAUUGAAACUAACCAUUAUUAAGAAAUGCUUGUUUUCAGUCCCAUUUCACUAUGAAGUAACCAAAAUUUCGGGCAAAACAUAGAUGCUUGAAAACGCUUUCCUUUUCCACUGGUCUCUGACAGGUCAGUCGGGCAUAAUGAAAGGCACCCUGUCUUCUGUUCCAAUAUGUUAAACUGCUCUCUGUUGUCAUUUGAAACUGAAGUGUACUUUGUUGUUAUGUACCUUUUGACCCUCCCCUCCCACAGGUACAGCCGUAGUCUUCCUAAGUUCUUGUGUGGUGUCUAUGAGGGACUGAUGAUGCGCCCGCCAAGAGAGGUGUUGUCGCCGUCCAGAUGGUCAAGUGAUGAGGAGUCGCCUGUCAGACGCUCUGUUAACUCUGUCUCCAGUGCGAAACAGGACUCAAGUCAACCAAGGUAACUUAGUGCACCUUUACAGGUAAAGGGGAAUACAAGGGAAGCUACGCUCCGGUAAAAAAGGGUCAAAAGAAAUAAAAACUCUUGAAGUAAAUUCCGCUAGGCUAAAUCAGGCGUUCAACAGACACAAGUUUUGAAACUGACUGAAGUCUAUUGUAUUCUUCUGCCCCCUGUUCCUAAAUUAUUUCAAUCAAUGACCAAAUCAGAGGGGACCUGUAAACUAGCUGGAUAAGCAAAGUGCACCCUGCACUAGUACCAUAAACAAGCCUUUAAACCUCUUUUUAACAAAAGCUAUCAAUUGAUUGAUAAAGUUUACUUUAGGAGCAGCGGAUGUCGUGUUCUGACCCGACAUAUGAGUAUUUCUGAUGUGGCUGGGAAAAGAAGAGAAAUCGUGGUGCCUGCAAGAGCGAAACCUAAAGAAAAAGAUAAGAAAAAGAAGGAAAAGUCACAAGGGAAUAAUAUUGCAAGAGGUUUGAAAACUAUGUUAAAUUGCCGAAGCGUUAGCUAAAUACUUGUACAUGUGUAGUGUUACACUUUCUGGCACAAGACACUUAAAAAGAAAAUAUAUCUUGCUGUCCGAGGCCGAUUGCACUGUUAAGCAAGGGAAACCCAGUAACUUGUAGCCUGUAGCGAGCAAACACUGCUUGCGCGUUAAAAUCCCCCGUAACACUUGUGUUCUUUUAACGAAGGGAACCAGCCAUCGACCAUCUCUGAAAAGAGGACGACCUUUGGAGUACGCUGUCAUUCUUUGUUUUCUAAUACUCCGUAAAACACUCCGUUUGCCUCUCCCUUUUUUGCAUAAACUAUUCAGUGUUUUUAAAUGCUCCUGGGAGGUCUGCAUAUUCCCAACAGCACCUGAAAACAAUACCAAGUGCAAAAUUUUCAUAGGGGGAUUCAAAAAUAGUCACUGAGUACUGAAGAUGACUCGGGAUUCAUAUUUCGCUCCUUUAAGAAAAGAACGAAAGGAAUAACUAGUACAUAAUUUUCAAGACAGCGUUUUUGCGUCUUUGGUUUCUUUAGUGGAGAUGUCUCCUAUUUUUAUGAACAGUGACUACCUUACGUUUCAUUGAACACAAUGAAUUACUCACUUUAUAGGAGAAAGCAAGAAGCAGGAGAAAACCGCUAAGGGCCAAAAAACACCGGUGAAAUUGGUGAGACGGAAUCUUUUUACGGAAUCAGAGGGAGCUAAUGAAAACAAAUCAGCCGACAGAGUGCCAAGAAAAAGAAAACUUUCAGAGGAAGGGAAAAAGGAUGAGAGAAGACGCCGGUUUCAUCGGAGAAACACUGUGGGUGAGUUAUAAAAUAUAAGAGCAUUGCCUUCUGAGCAUGAAAUCUACCCGGUUGGCUUUCCUCAAUGCAAACAGUUGUUCUUUCUUUGCCGGUAUUCGCUUUGGUCUUGCAGGGCUCAAAACAUUUUUGGGACCGAUGCUGGUCGUGUUGACCGACCAAACAAGUUUUAGCUUGGUCACGUCUCUCUUCCGACCGUUCAAAAUAUUAAAAGAAAACACAAUAAUAACUCGAACGCACUAACCUAAUAAGCAAAAACAUAAUGUGAAAAAAGACGCUUGUUCUCUUGAAACCUAAUGGUUUGAAAGUGUAUUUUUUUCUUUUCUUGUGGCUUAUUAACGUGUCAGGUCAAGAUGACCGGCGAACCGAAAGUUUGUCCGGACAAAUGGUCAUCUUGGCCGGACAUUGUCCGUUGACCAGCCGCUAUUUUGACCCCUGGUCUUGUAACUUUUGCUUGGUGUAAAUUUUAUUAUGCUGCCUAGGUUGCAAUCUCAACAUUUUCUUUUGAGUUUCCAGCAGCAGCCGCCUAGUAUUUUAUUCACGAGUGAACUAAAAAAAUGGCGUUCACGGCUAUUCGAAGACGAAAUAGCUGAAUUUCUGACUAAAACUGAAUAGAAGAAAUACCAGACUACGCAAAACAUAUUGCUUGGUGGAUAUUAUCUACUUUGUAAGGAGUAUAUAUAUCCUGAAACCGCGCCGAGAAGUAGGCCAAAGUGUAGAAGAAAGUCUACGAGGAAGUAAGCUUGUUAAUCCUCCUCGACCUGCACAUUUCUUCACAUCCUACUCAGCCUAAUUCAAUUGCUAAAUAAUAUAUGAUUACUUUUUUCAGUACUUCAGUGUAUAGUACACAACAGGGGUAAUUUUCAGUAAAAUUUUUAUCAAGGGAAAGGAAAUUUAGUUCGACUAAGCAGGGAAUUCGAGUUAUCUGAGUUCGAGUUAACCCGCGUGGGGUGAAAUCCGAGGGAAAUGGAUUUAGUUCAAGUUAGCUGGGACUUGGAGUUAUCCGAGUCCGAGUUGUCGGGGUUCUACUGUAUUUUGAUUAUUUGAUUUUAAUUACUCUAAUAAAGUGUCUGUAUACUAGCUAGAAAACUAAGUGCACUCCCCUGUUAAACCGUUUUAGAUGAAAAACUUUUUAAAUUCAUUUCCAGCUUCAUUCUCAAAAGCCUGUGUCCAAGAGACACCAGCCCACAAACAAGUGUCUAAUGCUUUGUGGCGUAAACAAGAUCGUGCCAGGUGAGACUAAAGAAUACCAAAUAGGUAUUGAGAUCAUGAGUUUAUUGAAUUAGAUACCAUCUUUAGAAAAAAGAAGACCUUUUUGUUGAUUCAAAGAAUAAAGAGGUUCUUUCAGUUAAAAACCUGUUUUGAUGUGUUCCGGAUCUGACACCACGUUAAGCCAAACCUGACAAUUCUGUUUGGUCUUACUCGCCUUUAUGAGCCUUUUAAGCGUUUACUGGUAUGAUCGCGCGAUCUGAGAGAAAAACGCAAAAUUGGUCCCAAAUGGACAAAGACACCAGGAAAUUCUUCUCCGGAGGACGAGCUUUUGAGCGAGGAAGUGGACGACUUAGCGGUAGAACCAAGAUCGUCAGUGAUGGUUUAUUUGCUGUCCUACAAACCAUGAACAAGAGCAAUGUUCAGGUUCCCGGGCCAUUUCGUACGUGACUCACCAGCUUCAGAUCAAUGACUCAGAAUUCCAAUCAAACUUCACCUUACAGGUUAGGUAAGGUGUAAGGUUCGCUUAAAAUAGAAUUGUGAUACAAUUGCAAGAAAAAUUGCUUACCCCAGUAGUGCAACAGUAGUGCAACAAGGACUUCAGAAAAAUUAGCAUCGCUUUGUUCAGUAGUUCAUCAAAACUCUCCAUUGUUUCGUUUGUGUUUCAGGAAACGUUCUCGUGUUGAUUCCGAGGUGCAUGUGUUACAGGAGUCGCCAUUGAAGGAGCUGCAAGCAGGUUACGUGUCUUCUUGAUUGACUCUGGAAGCGACAGAAUUACAAGCUAUAAGAUAUCAACUCAGUUCUCAGAGAUGACCUCCUUAGUUUGAUUUUGGGACGAACUGUGCAGCACUGGCGCAAACGUUUCCCAUUGCGCUGAACUAUUUAAUAUUUUGCGCAUCAGUGAGGUUCAUAAAGUUGACUCCUUAAUCACGGAGUUAUUUUGUUAUAACCUACCGUAAGUCUUAAAAAUCGACAGUUUACACUUGAGAUAUUCAAGUCGCGGUUUGAUUUCUUCCACCUGCAAUCAUCCAUUGCGUACAUAUACCGGGGGAAAAAGAUGAGAAAUAUCAGGACGAGAUAUCCUCAUAUGAAGUAGUAAAGUGGUACUUCUUAGUAGUAAUUGGCGACUUAAUGUUAGGUUGCUGAGAAGGAAAUAACUUUGGUUGAAUUUAGACUUUGGUCAAAUACUUUUCCUUCCUUCUGUCUUAGUUUCCGUUUUUAAACCAGACGAGUCUAAGACGACUUUAACGUCUCUGGUAUGAAAACGGCCAUUAGUUCAUCAAUGCUACACAUAGUGCUCGUCGCUCCUUAAUUCGAGACUAAAGUUGCAUCUCUUUCUCUCUCUUUGCAGUAGACAGCCUUCCUCGCCGAAGCCCGCGAAGACACCCUGGGAUGAUCUUUCAGCGGAGCCAGUCAUUUUAUGGUCGCUCUAACAGUGCUGGCCCACUGACCAGAACCCAGUCCUUUACUGGUGUAAGGCCUCGCGAAUCACCGAAGAAGGAGCCCGCUGAAGCUUUGGAAAGUCCUGCUAGGAAGACGCCACAAAAGUUGACGUUCGCAGCUGUAUCGCCGCUGCGGUUUUCUCCUAGGCACAAGCGAAAGUUUUCGCUUCACAGCGUGUUGAGUACGGCAAAGGAAUGCGACCAAAAAGAAGACAGUUCAAAGAAACCUCAUAAACCGACUACACCUAAAAGACAAAUAAAGGCUCCCACUAGAUCAUCUCCAAGGCUUUUAAAAAAGCGCUCCUUCUCCUGUAUCGGAUUUUCGUCUGUUCCGUUUCCUGGGGAUAAUGAGCAGAAGUUUAAUCCACUCGGUCUAGAGUCACCUGUCCGGGGUUCUCCACAGAUUACUGCCGGGCACAAAUCCCCGAGGUUAAAAGGCCACACACAGUCACAUGAUCCUGAGUCACUGGAGCAAUUGGAUAGGCUUCCAAAAGCACACGAAGAGAACCUAGGGACACCCAUGAAGAAUAUGACUAGUCCAGCUGUUCGCAGCUCGCCAAGAUUACUGGAGAAACGUGAUAAGGGCGAAUAUUCCAAAGAAGUAGCAGGAGACUCUUCGUGUAAACCAACAGAUUCCAAGGUCGCAGAGCCUGUAACGGCUUCUCCAAGCCCAAGUAAACAGAACGUGACGGUACCCAAAACCCCAGUGAGAGAUCAUCGUUUUGAAGAGUGCGUGGUGCGUUUGACUCCUUUAAGGGGACCGUUAAAAUCUCCAGUGCACAUAAGACCUCAAGACUUCAAUGAAACUAUUGUUAGCCCAGGUGGAAAGAGGAGUAGCUUGAACGAGACUACACAGAAUGGUGAAAGUUCACCGCAUUCAUCAACUAGACUUUCAGGAAGUUCGUUUGACUUCCCUGAACACCAGGGUAAGCGCUUGUCACUAAAACUGAGGAAGAAGACUCCGAUGAGUAAAAGCGCAAAAGAAUGUACGGGAUCUACGAGCCAAGGCACGGAGUGGUUCAUUUGUUUAACAGAGGAAAGUCAAGAAGACUGCAAAAUCUCCUCAACAUCCUCACGGUCAUCAUUAACCCCUGCAGAAGGAAAGCACAGCUCCGAAGCUCAGUUCAAGUCGCCUGCUUUAUCUCGUGGAUCGCUUGAAAAAGGAGGGCACUCUCACGUUCCCACACAGUGUAAGUCACCUGAUUUGAUUCGUGGAUCGUCUGUGUCAAGAGGGAACGGCCCUGUAGCACAGUUCAAGUCGCCUCCUCGUAGAUCGCCUGUGAGAAAAUGCUCGUUGCAGAAUCAAUCUCCGCAGCUUUCAACUCCUCCUGUCAAGAAAGGAAAAAGGAAACGCAAUGGUCACUCAAUCGGUGCAUGCAAUUCAGCUGCUGGAAGCAAGAGCUCAAGUCCACUCAAUCAGCUUUUACGCCAGCAAAAACGGAAGCGGUGCUUUUCAAGUUCUCCAGUGGACAAAUGUUCCAGCGAGUCUAUUUACUCGCAUAAGCGUGACACCCCAAGCAAAAACGUGAGGGCGAGGACUUCAUUGCAAGGGGUGAAUACUAAGGUACCUAGUCCUAUUGCUAUUGAGAAUAUUUCUAGGUCAUCGGCAAAGGGGGAUGGCUGGCUUACAGAAAUGGAUAAUAGUUUGCAACGGCCAGGAGCUGAAGAAAGCCAAACUGCAUCCUCACCUCCGAAGAAAAAGCGAAGAAUUGACAAAUCCGUUGUCUUUGGUAGAAAACAUACUCGAAAAGAAAAGAAAACCAAAAAGGAAAGGGCGAACUCCUUCUUAAGCAGUGACACCAGUUUUGAAGAGGAAGACGAAGUGUGUCAAAGUCCAGGCUCAAUGGCUUCCAGUCUUAGGCGGCGUCACAUGAACAAGACACCAUUAUCUGCUAGCAGCAUUAAAAUUUUACAAGAAUCGCCAUUACUUUGUAAUAGCACAGGGAGUAAACACACUCGGAAAGCAGAGAAGGUGAAAACGGAAAAUGCGAAUUCCUGUUUAAGUAGUGACACCAGUUUUGAAGAGGAAGAUGAAGUAUUUCAAAGUCCAGGCUCAGUGGUUUCCAGCUUCAAGCGGCGUCACAUGAACAAGACACCAUUAUCUGCGAGCAGCAUUAAAAUUUUACAAGAGUCGCCAUUGCUUUGUAACAGUACAGUAUCUCCUCCUUCCCGCUUUCGGAAUUUUUCUGAUCUCUCUCCGAAAUCCGAGCGGUACGGUGGAAAGGGGAGACUUUCUCGGCGCAAAUUCGGGAUCUUGUCUGGUCACAACGAGGAAUGUGUUUCUCAUGCCUUUGUCGAGGACCAAGAGGAACCCAUAGGCUUCAAUUUGAGAAAACGACUGAAAGUGAGCACAAGUUAA